GUGGCGUACGACAAGUGCGCCGAGCUUGAGCAGGCCCGCAGCAGCAGCGAUGCGCGGGGCAACCAGCGGAGCCGCGGCCUGAUCCGCACGUACAGCAUGGUGAGUGGAGGCGGGCGGCGCGUGGGCUGCCGCCGCUCAGACGCUCUCGCAGGCCCAACAAAAGCGCCGGCCAGCGAUCAUGAACGACGACCGCGUCAUCCGCCAGCGGCGUCUCAGCCACGACGCCGUGGCUGCGACGGAGCAGCGUCGCUUCAUUGUCGAUGUGGAGGAGACGAUGCGGCUGGUGCUGGAGCAGGAGGACACAGACGGCAACUUCCAGAUCAGCAUCACGGACAGCGGGCCCAAGGUGCUGAGCCUGGGCACAGCUGCGAGCAACGGGUACAAGGGCGUGGACAUCCGCGGAACGUACAUGCUUUCGAAUCUGCUGCAGGAGCUCGCCCUGGCGCGCGAGCACGGGCGGUCACGCAUCGUGCUCGACGAGUCGCGCCUCACGGAGAACCCGGUGGACCGGCUGUCGCGCAUGAUCUCGCAGACGUUCUGGCACAAUCUGACGCGGCGCAUCGAUGCCGACGGCCUCGAGGCGAUCCUGGCAGACCCCAAGAACCGCAGCGCCAGCAAGUCGCCGCGCAUCUAUGUGCCCGCCGCGGAAGAGGAGAUGAUCGAGUACUACCGCAACAUCGCCCGCGAGCGGCCGUCGAUGGGCCUCGAGGUCGAGGUGCUGCCCAAGGUACUCACGCCCGAGUAUACGCGCGACCUCAACGACAAGCCGGGCCUGCUGGCGCUGGCGAUGCGCAAGGAGAAGGACGCCAAGAGCGGUGAGGAGGUGCUCAAGGGCAUUCCGUUCAUCGUGCCGGGCUCGCGCUUCAACGAGCUCUACAACUGGGACUCGUACUUCAUCUCGCUGGGCCUCGUUGUCGACGGCUGGGUCGACAUGACGCAAGGCAUCGUCGAGCACUUCAUCUUCAACAUCAAGCACUACGGCAAGAUCCUGAACGGCAACCGCUCCUACUACCUCAUGCGCUCGCAGCCGCCGUUCCUCACCGACAUGGCGCUGCAGGUGUACUCGCGCCUCGACCCGGACAAGGAGGCGGAGAACAAGGCGUGGCUAAAGCGCGCCAUCCAGGCGGCCAUCAAGGAGUACCACACCGUGUGGAUGCGGCAGCCGCGCUACGACCCCGUCACGGGCCUCAGCCGCUACCGCCCCGAGGGCCUCGGCGUGCCGCCCGAGACGGAGGCCAGCCACUUCACGCACGUGCUGCGCCCCUAUGCCGAAAAGUACGGCUGCAGCGUCAACGAGUUCACGCACAUGUACAACCAUGGCGAGGUCAAGGAGCCGGAGCUCGACGAGUACUUCAUGCACGACCGCGGCGUGCGCGAGAGCGGCCACGACACGUCGUACCGCUUCGAGAAGCGCUGCGCCAGUCUUGCGACAAUCGACCUGAACGCGCUGCUGUACAAGUACGAGGUGGACAUUGCGACGGCAAUCCGCGAGGUCUUUGACGACAAGCUCGAGCUCGACGACGACUUCACGCUCUGGGCGCCGCUGCCGCCGGAGCUGGCCGACAAGCAGCCCGAGAAGCCGUCGCACUCGCACACAUGCGCGCAGUCGAGCGCCGAGUGGUUUGCGCGCGCAGCGCACCGCAAGCGACAGGUGGACAAGUACUGCUGGAACGAGGGGCAGAGCCUGUACUACGACUACGACACGUCGACGGGCCGCCAGGGCUUCUACGAGAGCGUCACGGCGUACUGGGCCAUGUGGGCGGGCAUGGCGAGCGAGGACCAGGCGGCGAAGCUGGUGCACAAUUCGCUGCGCAAGUUCGAGGUGACCGGCGGCCUCGUGCCGGGCACGGAAGACUCGCGCGGCCGCAUCUCGCUCGACCGGCCGAACCGGCAGUGGGACUACCCGUUCGCAUGGCCGCCGCAUCAGAUGCUGGCGUGGAUCGGCCUGGAGCGCUACAACUACGUCGAGGAGAGCCGCCGGCUUGCAUACCGCUGGCUGUACCUGCUCACGACCUCGUUCGUCGACUUCAAGAUGAUUCCCGAGAAGUUCGAUGCCGUCGCGCUGUCGCAUCUUGUCGAAGCAGAGGUGAGCAACCAAGGCACGGACUGGAAGGAGUUCCCGCGCGCUGGAUUCGGCUGGACAAACGCCUCGUACCAGGUGGGCCUGACCUUCCUGACGAGCGCGCAGCGGCGCGCGCUCAGUCUGUGUGCGCACCCGAACGAGGUGUUCGGCACGGGGCGCAGCCAGACCUGAUCGCGAUGCUGCAGGGCGG